AUGGGCUUCUUCGACAACCUCAUGCUUCAGAUGGACGAGGGCGUUUCGGGCCUGUUCGGACAAUGGAACGCAUACACCACUGCCCUCGUCACCCUCCUUGUCGCUAUUGUUUCCUACCGAGUCGUUUCUAGCCAGGAUCCCGAUACCCAUCCCAUGCUUCUUGCGCGCCAGGCUCAAGGCUCGCCCGUUCGACAACCAGGAGAAUCCCCCGUCUACCGGUCCCACUCUGCCCCCCAUGGCAUGCCUUUGAACACGGGGCUCAAUGUCAAGGACGCUGGCGCUUCCAAGUGGACGAGAGGACGCGAUGGAGAUCUUCGGGAUAUUUGGAGAAGGGCGGCGACCGGCGCCUCCGACGACGAGGGCAAGUCGUCUGCGGGCAAGGGUCGGUUAUUGACCGUCCUAGGCUCCGAGAACGUCGUCGAGCACCAGCUCGACGACAUCACCCGCCAGAUCAACCUCAUCGGCCGACACAUCCACGAGCAGGGAGGCAUCCGCAUUGCCAUCUACCUGCCCAACUCCAUUGAGUUGUUGGUUGCACUGUUCGCCUGCAGUUUUUAUCCCAACCUUACAGCCAUUCUGAUCCCCUUUGAUGUCUCGGACGAAGAGCUCAUCAUGAUGCUGCGUCGUUCUGCUGCGGAUACCGUCGUCACCGCUCCCGGCGCAUUCCCCUUCGACCCGGUUGUCAAGGCAUACCCCGCCCUCCGUCAGGUUAUCUGGGUUGUGGACGAGGGCAGUGCUCAUAUGGACUGGAACGAAGUUCCGCAAGGCAUGGGAGGCAGCGUUAAUGUCGCGACUUGGCAGGAGAUCCUUCGCGAGGCUCCUGCCGAAGCCGCCAAGGAAUUGCCCCCCGUCGACAAGAAGACCGAGGCGAAGGAUGUCAUCAGCUUCUGGCAGUCAACGCCUGGAACCAUGGAGGAGAUGGUGCGCUUUACCCAGUCCAACCUGGUAUCCGGAGUGGCUGCUCAGCUCGCUGCAGUUCCGUCGACACAACGUCUUGGCCCCUCUGACCUCUUCUUGCCGGCCGACUCCUUGACAAACAUCCACACACUCAUCCUGACGUUGGCUGCUUUGUAUUCCAACGCCUCCGUCGCCUUGAACUCCGUCGCCGGGAAAUCCACCGACCUGGCUCUUGCCACCCAGGGCGUGGCUCCCACAGUGUUGGUUUCGACCCCCGAAACCCUGCUGAAGACGCACCGGGAGUCGACCAGCCGCUCGUCCUCUGCGCUGGCCAAGGUUGCUCACUGGGCGCAGUCUCGUAGUCUCACGGAAAACGGUGUCAUGCCGGUCGCCUCUAUCGCCUCGCGUUUCAACAGCGCAUCUCGACCCGCCAUCGGCACUGCCCCAGGGAAACUGCGUCUUAUCUACGUGGCAGACAGAGUCGGGGCUGGAUCGCCGCCGCUGUCAUCACGCGUUCUCUCUGACAUUCGCGUUUUUACCGGCGCUAGGGUUAUCUACGCCCUUACUGCCCCCAAGGUCGCAGGCGCUGUCGCUCAGACUGGCUACUACGACUACAGAAUCCACGAUGAUGAGCAGUCACACUUUGGCCCGCCCCUGACGAGCACCGAGAUACUCCUGAGAGACACCGAGAAGCACAAGAACGCCGACCAGUCGUAUCAGGGAGAGAUUAUCGUCCGAGGUCCUUGUGUCGCGGGCAACGAAGCUAGCAUCAAAGUUGCAGGCAAGAUCAGGGACGACAACACCUUGGCGUAUGCAUGA